UCGUUAACCAGUCACAAUGAAAUAGGUGAGCAUUGGGCUCAUUUGAUUGGGUACCUUAAGUGUCAUUGCUUUUCAAACCAGGAAGUUUACGUUUUGCUCUUACUAGAAGCAGGAUGGAAGGCUUAGUUGAUCUUAUUUAAAAGAGCACCAUGGGUAACACGGACAGUGUGGUGGUGCAGAAGCGGCUGGCCCGCUUCCGGCCCGAGGACCGGCCGUUGGUUGAGGGGGUCUUCGACAGGCUUCAGGACGGUGCUGGGGGUCCUUCUGGAACCCCGAGAAAAGCACCAGCAGGGAAGACCCUGACGCUUCAGAUGCUGCAGUCUUCAAUGGCCAGCCUGGUACCAGACUCCAUGGUGAGGAGGCUCUAUCAGUGCAUGUGUAGUAUUGACCAUGGACUGGCAGCGCCCACAACGUCUGGGAAGCCCAGCACCUCUGCUGCCUCUGGAGUGGUGCGAGAGCAAUUGGUCAUCUUCCUUGCAGACACCUUGCGAGGCACUGCAGAAGAACGGGCUCCCCUUGUCAUGGCCAUGUCCCAACAUGGAGCAGGGUCAGCAUCAGCUGUCACAUGUGAGCAGGUAGCAGAGUUCCUGCAGGACCUGAUUUCUGCUGUAAUUCAGAUUCUGGUCCACAGAGGGCGUCUGCAGGGCUGGAAGCCAGAGCAAAUGGGUGAUGUCUCCCUUGGUGUCAAACUCUUUGCAGAGCAGAUAUGUUCUGAACUCAAACCCUCUGAUCAGGGAGAGUGUGAUGUUUCCUGUCUGGAGGACUGGAUAUUCAGGGUCUCCCAGGUAUCAUUGUACCUGGAGAUGCUGGUGGCUGAGGGCCUAAAUUUGUCCCUGAGUGGCCGGCCAGCCCCAACCCUGCUGCCUCCCUGCAGGGAGACGCCUUGGAAAGAGCUGAGGUGUCUGCUGGACAUUCCCACCCUUAUGUUUCUAGCACCACAGUUGCCAGACAGCUACAAUGCUCCCUGGAGACUUGUCUUUUCCACUCGGCUGCAUGGGGAGAGCUUCACCAGGAUGGUGGCUGGUUUGACAAAGCGUGGGCCAACCCUGCUGCUUAUCAAAGACACAAAGGGACAUGUUUUUGGGGGCUUCGCCUCCCACGCCUGGGAGGUCAAACCUCAGUUCCAGGGUGACUCCAGAUGCUUCCUGUUCACUGUGUUCCCCAGACUGAGAGUUUAUACAGCAACAGGAUACAACCAACACUAUAUGUACCUCAACCAGAAUCAGCAGACCAUGCCAAACGGACUGGGUAUGGGCGGUCAGCACAGCUACUUUGGUCUGUGGCUGGACAGUGAUUUUGGCAGAGGUCAUAGCCGCGCCCGACCUAAGUGCACCACCUAUGGCAGUCCACAGCUUUCAGGGGAGGAGGACUUCUUCCUGGAUUCAGUGGAAGUGUGGGCGGUUGGAAAACCCCCAGAGCCAGAGGAGGGUGAGGCGGGGGAAGGCAAGAAGAGUAUCCUGGAUGUGGAUCCAGAGGUUCAGGCAAUGAUGGAGAUAACAGGAAAGACACUGCACAGUCAGGGCCUCAGGGAGCCAGAGGAAGACCAAGAGCAGUGACGGGGACCAGGGAGAUCAAAACCGUUUUGACCUUAUUGAGGCUCCUGGUCCACCUAGUACUGACACAAGUUGGGAGGUUAUCAUCUGACAUAGUUGGAUAAUAUCGACAUCUGACUCAGAGACAUGUCUCAGCAACAUCACAUUUCUCUUACCUUGCCUUUCAUUCUGCUUGGACCCUUUUAAUUUACAAACUGCUGCUUUUUUAAUGGCACGUGACACUAAAGUUAUCCUCUUGUGUACACCCAUCAGAUGUUAAGGAUGGUUUUGACAAAAACAUCAUCACAACAUAACUGAGGUUAACAAAGCCUAACCAGGUCUAAAGGCAGCUUAUAAGUGGUGUGUCUCAUCUGACACUUUCACACAAGACUCUUCUCAUCUUCAGUUUGAAAGGGCCCAAUGCACUGUGGGUGUGUUCACACUUAUUCCCACCCAAAUGCACUGAUGUUUGGAAGGAGAAAAUUUGCAGUAGCAAUAAAAUAGUACAGAAAUGUACCCUGAAGGUUUGCUUUCAAAGUGUAAUUUUAUGGCAGAUUAAUUGCUACUACGGUAUUAGAGAGACAUGUGACAUGAACUUGUUAGUGAGAUUCUGCUGCAAAUACUUUGUUCCUCAAACUGAUAGUAAUAAAUAAUUUUCAGCGAUAAAAGAGACAAAAAACUUCUUCUAACUACCCAUUUAUACCACCUGGAGGCACUGUCACUGUGCAGUCUGAGUAGCUGCCUGAACUGAAUAGCACAUGCACAAGCACGUCUGCCAUCUUUGACGGCUAGGUGCGGUAACACCACUUGGACAAACGCAGAACUGCAGUAAAACCAGCAAUUUGUUGAGUCUAUGCUAGAUCAGAGUCUAAGAUUAUGAUUACAUUUUCUGAGGAUUAUCAUUUUCUAAGGAACUGACAAACAAAAGAUCCACGAGGCCACACAUCUGCACUGGAUUAUUUAUACAAGAUUAUCAUAGGUGUAUUAUUAACAUUAUAUGUUUUAAUUGAGGAGAUUUGGUGUUAUCUGUUAAGAACAGUUUGAUCAGCGUGCUUUCUCCACCCACAUCAUGACCUGACCUUUAGGUGAGAGGUUGUUAGUUGUUGUUGUAAGUCAAUAGUCCAACAGCUCUAAUGAAUCAACAGGCAUACACUAAUAUGGUCACAAUGGUGCAGUUAGAAACAUGUUUACUGCCUCUUCCAAUAAUUUCAGUUUUGUAGAAUAAAGUGUUUGAGGCUAA